CUCAAAUGUGCUGUGGUGGUAAUCUUGAAAAUUAGCAUUUGAUCUUUCUCUUUCUCUCCUUUAAAGUGUCCUUUUGGGAGUUAUUUAAUCAAAAUAUGGUUUGCAAAUAUAGUUGAAUAUUUUUUGUAUUAUUUUAAAUUAGUUGCUUUGAGAUUGAAACUUAUGUCCUGCAUUAAACAUUGUUUCUUUGUAUGAUGGCUGAUGCAAGACUAAGAAGAUUUAAUGAAACAUGUUUGCAAAUCAGCCGUGGAUGUUUUUUGGCCUUUUUUGUUUGUUUAGGGAAGAAGGAUUAAGCUUAAUCGCACAUCUAUUGAUGAGUUCUGGUAAAAUGUUUAGGAAGAGGUAAAGUAGGAUUGCGUUUUUGAAGUAGAUUUUAAAUUAUGGCAUUUAUUAAGGGGCUCUACUGAGUAUUAAGGUUGUUAACGGGUGGAAUUUAUGAAUACUAAUAUCAAAUAGUAUGUUUUGGUUAAACUUAAACUUGUUUGUUUCCUUAACUGUAGUUGGUUUUUAUUAGUGUGUUUUACGUAAGUCAUAUCACUUUUGAUUGUUAAUGAUGAAUAUUUCAUGAAUUUUGAGUAAUUUGUUUAAUUUAUCAACAUUUAUGUGUUUAUAGUAUUAAUUAUUUAAUCUGUAUAAAAUAUUUUAGAAUAUCAGUCAUCCCUCUAUGCCCUAUGCAACUAUAAUGUUUUCCGGUUUGGCCGCUACACAAUGCUAUCUGGGAUUGAAACUAUAGAUUUUGUUUAUAAAUGUAAUUUGUUAAAUGUUUUCACUGUACUUUGCAUGAUCUCUGUCCCCACUUUUUAAAAUUGUCAUUAUCCAUUCUUAUAUCAUAAGUAUAUUUGAUUUUGAUAAGAUACCCUCAACCAUAACUGUGCGAUAUAGCCUACAUCAGAAUGACUUCUAUAAAUUUCACUUGUAUUAAAUGGAGAUUGCAUAAUUUAAUUUGAAUUAAUUGAUGGCUGUGUAAGAUUUCUAGGUAAUAAAAUGAAGUUCAUGCAGUGGUUUUCAGUUACAAACCUUUGCAUGGGAUUGAGUCACCAGCCUAGACUGUUAAUAUCCAGUAUGAGAAAUGUGGACCAAAUGGACUGUUAGGACAACGCCAACCACCUAGCCCAGUAACUAGGGCUGUUCAAAAAAAUCAAGAACCGAACUAAACUAAAGUUGAAAUAACCAAACCGUUAUGUUUGGUUAGUGAAACAAACCAUAAUGCACAAACAGUUCUAGAAUUGAAACUGAAAUCGAACCGAACUGAAACUGAAGCCGAACCAAACCAAAUCUGAAAAUGAAAAAUACUUAAAACAAGUUAAAAUUAUUUUUUAAAAAAAAUUGAAAAAUAGCUUAACGGUUCGGUUCUUUAGUAAGCGGUUCGGUUUGGGAAAAAUUGUCUUCUAACAGUUUGGAAUUUCGAAAUGGUAUACCAAAUCAAUGAUUUUGGCUGGUUUGGUUCUUAGUAAGUUUAAACGGUUCGGUUCAAGUGAAUUUUUACUAUGGUUUGGUUCGGUUCGAUUUUCUCACGAACAGUACCAUGAACAACCCUACCAGUAACCAACAUGUUUAUCCUAUAAUGAAUAGGAAAGAGCAUAGUGGGUUUGUUGGGACUGUCCAUGCGGCAAAGAGUGAAAGAGAAAUUCAACAGUGUAGUAGGAUUCUGUUAUAGAGGUGCUGAGAGGAGAGAGAAGGGUAUCAAACAGAAGCAUACAGUUUGUCAGAGGCAGAGAGCAUCGGUUCUUUGGUAUUUUCUUUUGAUGUUCAGAAAUGAUAUUCCUUAUGUUCCAUUAUUUUCUUUCGUUCACUGUUUUUGUAAUCCCAGUUCGCAUCAUAGAUGCGGCAUAAUAUUUCUUUUGACCUAGGGUGAAAGCCAGAAGCAGAUUCAUCCAUCACAGGGCCCUGCUAGACUAACAUCUAUUUUCCUAAAUAUGGCUUUUGCUUGUUUAUUCCAAAAGUAGUCUGCCUCUUAAAGGCUACAGAUAAUGAAUUGAUCCUAAUCAAACUAUUAAUGAUAAGGAUUCUGUUGUGCAUAAUCUUAUCAUGAUAUAAAAGUUAAAAUCAAAACUAGAAGUGACACGGAUUCUGUUAUACAUAAUCUUAUGAUAAGGAUUAUGUUAUGCAUAAUUCUGAUCAAAAAUGCUAAUCCACAUUUUUUUUAUAAAUUAAUCCUAAUCAAUAAUUCAAAAUUUAAGCUAGUGUCUUCUUUUUUCUUUGGAGCUACGUACCAUAUCAAUUUCAUUUGACAUUAAGCUUGCCGAGAUGUGUGAUCUCAAAUACUGUUCUACAAAACUGCCCUGUUAUGCAGUGCUUUUGCUCACGGUUCUGGAAGAUAAGGAUACAAUGAGGAUUAAGAAGCUUUCCGAUGAGGAAGUUAAAGAGCUAGCACGACCUGGAUUUAUAAUUGAUGAUAUUGACAAUGAUGAAAUUGAUGAGACUGUUGCAGAUGAAGAAUCAGAUGAAGAAGAUGCGUUAUUUGAUUCUGUUUGUUCGAUUUGUGACAACGGCGGAAAUAUUUUGUGUUGUGAUGGAAAGUGUAUGAGGUCAUUUCAUGCUAAUAAGAAGGAUGGUGAAGAUUCUGCUUGUGCCUCUCUUGGAUUUAGCCAGAAGGAAGUUGAGGAGAUCCAAAAUUUCUAUUGUAAGAAUUGCGAAUAUAAUAAACACCAAUGCUUUGCAUGUGGCCGACUAGGCUGUUCUGAUAAAUUUGCUGGUGCUGAGGUCUUCAAAUGUGCUUCUGCAACCUGCGGUUUCUUUUAUCAUCCAGAAUGUGUCACGAAGUUACUAAAGCUGGUGGUUAAGGAUGAUCCAGCAGAACUUUUAAGCAAUAUAACCAAGGGGGAGCCUUUCACCUGUCCUGCUCAUUAUUGCCGUAUCUGUAAAGAAAUGGAAAACAAGAACGAGCACGAGUUACACUUUGCUGUUUGUAGGCGUUGUCCCAGGUCAUAUCAUCGCAAAUGUUUGCCAAGAAAGAUUGCUUUUGAAGACGAAGUGGAUGAAGGCGUUAUGGCCAGGGCUUGGGAAGAUCUUUUGCCAAACAAUCGCAUUCUUAUUUAUUGCUUAAAGCAUGAGAUAGAUGAUGAACUUGGAACUCCUAUAAGAGAUCAUAUAAAAUUCCCUGGUGUUAAAAAGAAAAUAAAGCCUGCAACCAAAGAAGUUAUAUCAAACAAGAACAAUGCUAAGUUAGAUGAUUUACUUGUUAAAAGAACAAGUGCUAAAUCGUCUACAUUGUCUGGAAAAAUGUCCUCCGAGAAAGUUGAUAUCAAGAAUUUUAGAAAAAUAUCGGGAUCAAAUAUCCCUAGAAAUAAAGCAAAUGAUGCGACAAGAAGGUGUUUGAGUGAAAAUAAGAGGUCAACUUUAAAUGAAACAGAAAGGUCUAACCACGAGGAAAAUCAGCCCUCACUGGGUGUGCAACUUUAUGAUCUCUAUCAUAGGGGUUCCGAGCAAAUUAGUUCUGACAACCAUGUUGAUAUUGUUGCUGAUAACACAGUGUCUGUUAAGCCUAAAAAGCUGAGCAGUGCACCACCCCAAUUAGACGUAGAUUCAGAGAGGAGAUUGUUGGCUUUGUUUAAAGAAGCUUCAUCAUCAGUUACAAUGGAGAAUGUCAUAAAGGAACAUAACUUUACUUCUUCUACUCAUGCUCACUCGCUAAAAAAUAUUGUGGAGAAGACUAUUACAAUGGGAAAGUUGGAAGGAUCAGUCGAGGCUGUUCGAACGGCUUUAAGGAUGCUGGAUAAAGGACAUAGCAUUCGGGAUGCAGAAGCUGUUUGUGGUCCUGAUGUUAUGAACCGGUUAUUCAAGUGGAAGGACAAGUUGAAAGUAUAUCUUGCACCUGUUUUAUAUGGCAAUCGCUACACUUCAUUUGGCCGCCAUUUUACACAAGUGGAAAAGCUGGAAGGGAUUGUGGAUAAACUUCAUUGGUAUGUUCAGAAUGAUGAUAUGAUUGUGGACUUCUGCUGUGGUGCUAAUGAUUUUAGCAUUCUCAUGAAGAAAAGACUUGAAGAUACUGGGAAGAGAUGCUUCUUCAAAAACUUUGAUUUACUUCCAACAAAGAAUGAUUUUAAUUUUGAAAUGAGAGAUUGGAUGACUGUCCGGCGAAAGGAUUUGCCUUCAGGGUCACGGUUGAUCAUGGGUCUUAAUCCUCCCUUUGGGCUUAAAGCAGCUUUAGCUAACAAGUUUAUAGACAAGGCUUUAGAGUUUGAGCCGAAGCUCCUGAUUCUUAUAGUACCUCCAGAGACAGAGAGGCUGGAUAAAAAACGGUCACCAUAUGAUCUUGUCUGGGAGGAUGACAGGUUUCUAUCAGGCAAGUCAUUUUAUCUACCUGGAUCAGUUGAUACUAAUGACAAACAAUUGGAGCAAUGGAAUGUAAAGGCACCCCCUCUCUACCUUUGGAGCCGUCCAGACUGGACUGAUAAGCAUAAGCUCAUAGCCCAGAAGAAUGGUCACCUGUUCAGACAGCAUGAUGUUUCGAAAAUGGAAAGCUUCGACAGGGAAAAAUCAUCUGCCAGUCAUACUAUGGAUGAUGACUAUAUUGAUGAUACCAUGCUGGAUCGUAUGCUGGAUCAUGAUUUCUUGAAGUCAACUAAUGGUGAAGAUUGCUCAUUUAUGGUUGGACAGGUGCAACAAGGUUUGUCUCAUGGAAAUUUUGAUAGAGAGAGUCAAGAUAGACAUGAGUAUUUGGGGACUAAGGCUGAGAGCACCACGUGGAAAAGGAAGCGAUCAGAUGAAAAUGAUGGAAGAGGACCAGCUGUGACCUUACCAGCUAAAAGGCAAGGUAUAAAUGAAAUGUAUGAGGGAGUACUGGACCAUGGUACCUCCAGUCCACCUGAUUUUGAGGGAAAUCAGUCCGGAUCAGACAUGAUACUUUCAGAUAAUGAUGUUGGUGAUAAUGGUUAUGAACCUCUGGAGCCCCACUCUUCCAUUGGUGAUGAUGGCCAAAGAUGGCCAAAUGUUGCUGAUUCCCUCCCUGAUUAUGGGCUGGCCGAUUUACAGGAACACAGUAGCAGGCAUAUGGGAGACAAUACAAGUAGCCUCGGAUAUAGACCUCAUCUCAGGGAGGAUGAUAGUCACCUGAGGGAAUUAGAGACAAGACAACAGAUUAUCCCUCCAGGACUUCAGAAUCCCAAUCCUAUGAGUAGUAGUUAUCUAUCUGGUCACGGUCCUGCUUAUAACCAAAUGGGGUCUACUUAUUCAGGACUUGGCUCAAGAUCUGAAUUGCCUUACAUGAUGAAUACACCAGCUAUGCCAAUGAAUACGCCAGCUAUGCAACGAUAUGCACCUCGUCUCGAUGAAUUAAACCAUGUUAGGACAAAUUCUUUGGGGCCUGAGCAUCCUACAGUUAAUAGAAGUAACACUUCUGAACGUAGUACCCCUCAACCUGGAUAUGGAAAUGUACUGCCUGGUUUUCCAGGUGGUCCUUCCCAUUUGUAUUCACGCCACUUUUAGGCGUUCUCCUUUCUUAUAGAUAACAAAGAUAUUGUGUUAUGUACAUAGAUGAUAUUAUGAUGGAACAUGCUGUCCUGUACAUGGGUUGUUUGAUUGACUACUGCUCAAUCCGCCUCUUCAUUUUACUGGAAAGCACGGUUUCGGUAGUA